AACAGAAAUUCUCACAAAUUAGGGUUUUUCUGAAACCCAUUAUUAUAUCCCUGAACUGAACUGCGUGUUUGUGAUUCCGGAACAACAAAGAGUGAAAAAAUGUCGAAGAAGAACAAUCUCGCAAAGAGAAAGAAGCAAUACGAAUUCGAUCUCCGAAGAGAGAAGCUAGAGAAGGAAAAGAAGGAGAAGAAGCUCCAUGCCAAGAAAAACAAGAUGAAAUUGGAUGGUAAAGACAAGAAGAAGGGUGGAAGUGGAUUUCAGGUGGGGAAGAGAAAAGUGAAGACCAAGUUGACAGCUCUGGCUAAAGCUAAAGCUGCUCAGGCUAUGGAGCUCGACGCGUGAGGCUUGUUUGACUUGGGUAAUUCUAGAUGAUGCUUUAAGAAUGAUAGAUGAUAGAGUUCUUUUGAGGUUUGAUAUGAGGGUGUGAACUGUAUAUUAGAAGACUAAUCUUAUUGUAGUUGCUGUUUCUCUUUGCAGUUUUGUCUCUAAUCAACUAUCUACUCUCAUCUUUACAUUUUGUAAUUGAUUGAUAAGUUUUUCUA